GUUGCUGAACUACUUGGUUUCCGGCAGAUGUUCGCGUGUAUUUGCCUUAGCGUGUGCGCGCCAACUCGGAAGGACUUGUCUGAAUGGCUUCUGGAUCGUGCUUUUGAUGAGGAAAGAAAACAUGUGAUCGCAGCGCUCAAGGAUAUACCGCUCGUGGCUCUCGUAUCAGACGGAUGGUCCAACUUGCGUCGUGAAAGUCUGAUAAACUUCAUUAUCGUUGCUCCGGGUAUACGGCCAUUGCUUUGGACCUGUCGUGUGACUGCAGAAGCCGUUAAGUCCGGGACGUACAUGGCGCAAAUGAUUGGAGAUGUCGUCGAUGAGAUCGAGAAAGAAAUCGGAGUGGUCAAAGUGGUCUCCGUCACGACCGACAAUGCCUCCAACAUGCGCAGCGCGUGGUCAAUUUUGGAACAAACGUGCCCAGGAUUUCUGGCUACGGGUUGCGCGGCUCAUGGGCUCCGUUUGCUGAUGAAGGACGUUCUCGGCUUUGAUAUUCUG